ACUGAAGGAAUGACAGAACACUCCUUCAGUUGUUGACAGAACAACUGAGGUCGGAGAAAGCAGCUGGAAACGCAGUAUGACGAGAAGAUUCGACCACUGCGGCAGUGGAAGGCAGAGAUCGAAAUUCGUCCGACCCAAAAAUUCAGCCAAGGUCUACAUACCCGAGUCGAUUGCGAACAGAGCCAGAUUCUCCAAUAGUUGCUCGUCAUGACCCCGGCUACGCAAUGGUAUUUGAAGUUGGCGGUUGUUGGUAGCGUAAUUGGAGCUUCCAUGGAGCUUUUCAUGAAUUACACUGGCUUCUAUGACAAGGUUGUCACACUUGAGGCACAGCAGAGAUUAGAAGCGUUACACGCUAGCCGGGAAGCUCUGCAAACCAGUGACUCGAAUUUAUCAGGAUCUAACACCCAGUAGUUUUGUGUAGCGGAAGCUACUGUGCGGGACUUAAAUAUUGUGAGGAUGGUCCCGCGAUUUUCUGGCAUUCCAGUAUAACCAGAUAGCGAUUAUUCGAUCAGGUACUCGUAGAGGUCUGUCUUUUGCCAUCCUUAAAGGGAAUUAUAUACGUAAAAAGAUCUUGCUUUGUUUACCGCGGCAAAUUGGAAGCCGAUACUUUUAAUUCAAACCACUACAAACUGUAGAUUUGUUGCUCGAUAUAUCUGGGUAUUCGUAUCAUGUGUGGCCCAACAUUGGACUUCUACUUUCAGUCCCUCUCUCCAUGCUCGUCUAGAGGUGCAUUUUCGCCAGUGUUUGUUAUCGCAAUCACCAAAGCAGUGUGGUUCACAGCCCUUGGUGAUUGCUGAAACUCGAGCUACAUGGUGGAGGUCUCUCAGAAAUCUGGACUCUCACAACAUUUCGGAUUUGCGCCAGUGACAAGUUCAGGGGUGUUCUGCUUCUCCUCUGGAAGCACAGUCUUGUGAAUAAUGGAUGAAGAAAAGAAGAGGGUGCUAGCACUGGCAGUGCAUGUGCUAGCGUCUAUGGUGGAGUAUGCCAUCGUGAUGGCCGUGCAGUACUUGGAGAUUAUGGGCGACGAUUCUGUUUCUGACCAGGUGAAGCAUGGCUGCCUCUCUGUACUGGCUCAGCUGGAUGCCAUUCAAGCCUCUGUCAUCUUUCAUGACAACCGGAAACGAAAGAGGAAAGUCAAGAGUCUGGCAAGAAAGAGACUGAUGGAUAUGGAUCGCUCAGCUAUGCCUCGCUUCACCAGUCAUGAGAAUUACCAGCGGAUGUUCAAGAUGGACGCCAGAACAUUUGAGUGGUUCUGUGAGCAAGUUGGCCCGUUCGUGGAGAAGAUGAACACUAAUUACAAGAAGAGCAUCCCAGUAACAAAGAGGGUGGCAGUGGCAUUGUUCCGUCUAGCCACGGGAGCCAACUACCUUACGGCUGCAGAAAAAUUUUCAGUGGGUGAAUCAACUGUUUUUUACUGCACGACGGAGCUUUGCGAAAUUCUUUGUACCCGAUUUAGGCACAAGGUGGCCUAUCCACAAGGUCAAGGAUUGAAAAAAGCUGUGUCCAGGUUUGAAGCAAUAUCUGGUUUGCCAAAUUGUGCUGGCGCAAUCAGCUGCAUGCAUCUACGAAUCAAAAGACCUGCCGGUCCUCACAGUGCUGAGUAUCUCAACGAGGACAGGGUUCACACAAUCGUCACUCAAGCAGUCGUUGACUCGAACACCAGAGUUCUGAGCUUCGCGUCAGGUUUUGCAGGAGCAGUUAGAGAUGUCGACGCGUUAAGGCUCUCCACGUUUCCGCAGAAAGUGCAGUAUGGACGAUUUUCAGGCAUAUCCUCUGUUGAGCUUGAUGAUGCCACUGUCCCUGCAUAUAUAGUAGGAGGUCCUAGCUAUCAACUUAAACCAUGGCUUAUGGUGCCAUAUACAGGAGAAAGUUUGACAGAUGUUCAACUAAAUUUCAACAAUUGUCUCACAGAAACGUGGGGAGUGGCGGAUACUACCUUCGCUGCCCUUAAAAAGUGGGAGAUUCUCAAUGGCGUUAUGCAGGUUGAUGUCCCAACUGCAGUGUACAUGAUUGGAGCAGUCUGCAUCAUUCACAAUAUGCUACUCGACAAAGUAGAUACCUACAUUGACGGUAAUCAGGAGGAGGACUUCGUGUUGGAGACAUCGUUGCAGGACCAAACGGCUUCCAAUUCAGGGGAAGAUGAUUCUGCUGUAGAAUUAGAACAUGCUGAAGAAAUAAGAAAUGCAUUAGCCUCUCACAUGAUGAGCGUCUGAGCAGAAACAAAGCGCCACCAAGCAGAUGUAUAUAUAUUUAUAUGUUUGAUAUGCAUCUUUGAUGAUGGUCCUGGUUCAUAGC